AUGGGAAGCCCAUAUUACCCCAGCACUAUCAACAACGCAUGCAGACCAAUCCUGUCAGACCAGAGCGGUGACCAAUUCAUUGAGUUUACGAGCCCACGGUUCCAUUGCUCUGCUGGACUCCGUGGAAGGCUCAAAGCGGUGCUUGUCUUCCCGCACAAGUCAUUAUAUCCCUCCAAAUCCAUGGUACCAAUAUGUCAACGCUGUCAUGUGUUUUCCAGCUACGAGAAAUUGGCGGCACCACCGGCUUGCAAGAGUGUAUAUAAAAUGGAGCUUCUCCCACAAUGGCUGUCUUCUGUAUUUCUAUCCUUUCCAACAUUUCCGUCAUUCAGUACAAUGCAUCCCUCUAGACUCUUCCUUGCAGGGCUGUCAGUGUCUGCUCAAUCUAUCAGCAAGUCUCCCUCAGGCCUUGACCUCACUUUCCGAGACUGCACGCACAAGCAAGAGAAGGUGUACUCCAAAGCCAUUUACGAUACCAAGGGCUGCCUCGACAAGAUCGUCAAACACCGUAAGAAUGACGACUCAAAGCAUGAGAAGAAAAUGCGCACCCGCUACUUCGGAGGGAGUAAUGACGAAGAUCGGGACAUUGUGACUCAAACCUUCACCGAAAUGUCGCAGAACAUCGACAGCAGUCAGUACGUCUGCGGAUCGAGCACUGAAGCGGACGAUGCGGGCGAAGAGUGCUGGACUUUAUUCAUCGACGAUGAAGUGAACACUUGUCCACUCUUUUUCAAGCUCCGAAAUGCGGACAGAGCAAACAAGCUAAUUCUAGAUCGGGCUUACGUUUUGCACCCUGACGGCAUCGCGAUGGACGACAAGGAAUCAAAGAAGCUGGCAAAACUUCACCCAGAGGAGGCAUCGCACAAUGCGGAUAGCUACAGCUACUAUGCCGAAGCCGUCUGCAAACUAUGA